GGAAUCUUUGGGCGCUUGAGGCGGUGGGCGGGGCUUGGUGCUCGAAUUUGUUGUCUGCAGUGAUAUCAUAACACCGCAACGUGAAGACGCUCUCUAACGACCGCUCCGCAUCUCCAUCUUUCGUCCGGUUACAGGUGCUAAAUCUGGGGCAAGAAGGAGGCAUGGGGAGCAAAAGAAGAAGGAAGGAUGCCAGCUGAGACACCCUUUGCCAACACAGCACACUGAAAACCGGAAAGAAUGGCCCAGUCUGUGAGGAGGACGGAGAGUGUGGGAGCUAUGGACCAUGAAAGACUGCAGAGAAACACCAACCGGACCAGCUACUUCGGCAAUGUCAAGAGCAGACUGGGGUCCAAACUGCCAACAAGCAUCUCGCAACCCGCGCAGUUUGCCAAGGGGCCGUGGGAAACUCAACCGCUGACCCGGCUGAUUCAGGAUCCGGUCAUGGGUAAACAACACCAACCCAUCACCUGUCGGCCCCUCAACCACAUCCCCCACAUCAGGAACCCCAAAUUGCGGCAGUACUAUUUGCAAGGAACCUCGUGGGAUCUGAACCCUGCAGUGAAGCAAGACCUGUCAGAAGACGGCUCACACGCGCAGGGUUCCCAUGGCGACACGGUCUUCAGCGUCUCUGCUAAGUUCACCAGUGGUGACUCGUCUGACAGGUUAUCGUCCCAGCUUCUGUCUCUGUCCGCCCCCUUGGGUGCACCAGAGCAGCUGAAGGAGAAAACCGGCUCCACGUCUCGAGGAUUGCCACGACCCGAACCCGCAAAACUUAAGGCAGAAGCUGAUCCAGUCUCCCCGGCUCAGACCCAGUCACCUUCACCAGAGGCCGAGUAUGACAAAUUACUGGAUGUGGAGGCAGUUCCGCUGCCUGAUGGACAGCUGUGCUUAUUGGCUCUCCCGCCAGAGUGCUGUCAGGGUGAGGGACCCGAGGCCACGUCUUACCUCAAGCUGUUCUGCCGCUACGUCACAGACUGCAAGGGGGUGGUGUCCGGAAUCCUGCUGGUGACCUCCAACAAGAUCUUCUUCGACCCCUGCAAGAACAACCCUCUGGUGAAGGAGCACGGCUGCGAGGAGUACCUGCUGUCGUGCUCCGUCGACAGCCUUGUGUCGGUCUCCUUCUGCGCCGACAUCUCUCAUGUUCACUUCAGCAACUCCCAGCACAAGAAAAAAGGAAAGAAGGCUUUUCUGAAGAGGACCGCCCAAGACGGUGAUGACCACAAGAGGGAGCCAAUUCCUACUACAGUGCCUCCAUCUGCUGUGACCAGUUCAGUCGCAGAGGAAGAAGAGAGUGAGCCAGAAAGUGCUGCCUCAGAUGUGCUUGGAGUUGCUGCUGCCAGCUUCUGUUGUGGUGGACGGGAGGAACCCGGUAAAGAAAGUAGACUUCCUGCGAAUGAGCCAUCUGGACGCUGCCGGUCAGCGCACCCCGGGUCGGUGAUGUUUGUGCGGCUGCGGGUUCAGCCAACGUCAGGGAAGAGCGGUGGCCCCCGAGGCCAGCAGCUGGGGGUGAACAAAACCAGACGGGACGCCUGGUUUGUCCUCUCUCAAGAGAGCUCCGACGAGCUGUAUUCCUACCUGACACGCUGCCGACCAGACUUGUGCGUGACUGAGGGCGGGGAGGAGGAGGAAGGGGAGGGCGAGGAAGAGGAGUUCGUGCUCAUCGAGGAUCAAGACGAGGCGGAAGGCCAUGCGGAGGAAACGUUACAGAAGCGCUGCAGCUCUGGAGAUGACUGGGAGAUGGUGUUGAUGGAGGAGAGCGGAGAGAAGCCCCCCCUGAUCACUGACAGGGACCCUGAUGGAGCCAGUAGCAUUGCUGAGAGCAGCCAGAUAUUGGAAGCUUCCCAUGUCAGAGAUCUGCUGAAGGAGCUUCCACCCAGAACAGUGGGUCACACUUGGCAGCUGUCGUACAGCACGUCGCGUCACGGCGCCAGCCUCAAGUCGCUCUACCGGAAACUAAGUGCAAUAGACUCACCUGUGCUCGUAGUCAUCAAGGACGCGCUUGAUGAGGUAUUUGGCGCAUUUCUGUCUCACCCACUGAAGCCCAGUGAAAAGUUCUACGGCACCGGAGAAACUUUCCUCUUCAUGUUACAUCCUCGCUUCAAGUGCUUCAGGUGGACUGGAGAAAACUCUUUCUUCAUUAAGGGGGAUUUGGACUCGUUCUCAGUCGGAGGAGGAAGCGGCCACUUUGGCCUGUGGGUGGACGAGAACUUGUAUCUUGGCCGCAGCAGUCCCUGCUACACAUUCAACAACUGCUGCCUCUCUGAAACGGAUGACUUCCGGGUCAUGGAGUUGGAGGUGUGGACUUUCAGUUAAAAGGAUGGAAGUGGCUCAGACAUAAUCAUUUUCCAUUUCAUUUUAACAUCAACGUCAAAAAUUAACCGACCAGUGGAGACGGCUCUCGGACGUGCUCACAGCCCUAAACUACUCACGUCUUUAAUGAUUUAUUUCUGUGGUGAGUUUAGCUGGACUGAACUGAAACUCCAUGUUGGAUGACAUCUCAGAGACUUUUGCACUUUGCUCUUAAUGUGAAUCAGUAAUAAUAAUAAGAAUAAUAAUAACAGUAACUUGCAAAUGAACAAGAAGUUGCAUGUCAUUAGUCUGACUUAACUAGAGUCAUGGUUUGUGUUCACGCUAUUUGUAAAUACGACACUGCAGUGUUAUUUUCGAGGCAUUUUUUCCGCACAUUUUCAUUACCAAAUUUAGCAGACACAGUCAGAAAACAAUACUUUGCUGAAGAGGUUUUGCAUGACAAAACACUCAGCUUUAGCUUGUACAUCUUAGGAAUGCAUUUUUCAAAGUGUCAUCUUUAACAAAGAUAGGAUGUAGCCAUGAAAGCAUACUGUGGUGGCCAUGUUAUCACCUGCACUUGGUUGCUCUUUAAUCACUUGACUUCUGCAUAACUGGUGUAAUAGCUGAUGUAUUUCCAAGUCUAUCUGUAACUUACAGCCUGGAUCAGUCCUCAUUAUGUGCAGUUGAUGACAAAAAACUAAUAAAAAAAUA